UCUCUAGAAUAUAAUUUUCCUUUUGCUUUGUAAACCUUUAAUUAGUAGUAUUUGGUUAUAUAGAAAUGGGUCUAAAGUCAGUGUUGAGUGCCAAAAUAGAAGUGAAGGCUAACAAGGAUGUGUUUCAUGAUGUCUUUAUACAUAAACCACACCAUGUCUCUACUAUGUGCCCUAUGCAUAUUCAAGAUUGUGAACUUCUUGAAGGUGUCUUUGGACCCGUUGGCUCCAAAAUUUCAUGGACAUACAAACAUGAAGGGAAAGAGAUGAUUUCGAAGCAGAUAAUUGAAGCUAUUGAUGAGGAAAAACAGAUGACCACAUUUAAAGAAUAUGAAGGAGAUAUAGUGAAUAAAUAUGAAAAUUUCAAGGCAACAUUUCAUAUCGAUGCGAAAGACGAUACGGAUUUGGUGUGUUGGACAAUAGAAUAUGAAAGGCCAAAUGAAGAUCUGCCUGAACUAAUAAGUUUGAUGGAAUUUAUUGUUAGUCUCAUCAAAGCUGUUGAUGAUCACCAUGUCAACAUGAAUUGAUGUGUGUCUACUUCAAAUACCUCAUGUUUUAUUUGUUGUUUGAACACUAUAUAGUCUGUCUUCUAUAUUUGGUCAUUAUAUUGAUGUCUAUUCAUAUAAGGGAUACAUUCUACGUUAAUAAAACGUCAGUAUGAGUGAUGUCUCUUAUGUCUGCUCAUAUAAGAAAUAAAAAUACAUUCUACGUUAAUCUUUGUGUAA